AUGUCUAACAUCACAUCAGACGGGUCUAUUGAAAUACAGUGUAAUUUGAGUUAUGAUAACACUUGGGAAAUAAUCAAAUAUGUUAUUCAAUUUGUCUAUUUGAUUUUUGGAAGUGUUUUACAUUUAUUGAUUUUGAGGACGGUUUUUUGGAAGGAGAAGACUUAUCGGAGCAAUUCGUUUUUCAUGAUUUAUGCGUUGGAUUCUCUGGGGGUGAGUUUAAACCGCAAGCUUACAAUUAACUUGGGUUAGAUACGCAAGUGAUACGGGUUACUGUAGUGCGUUUCUCGAGUUCCUGUAAAACAUUCUGGGAUCAUGAAAAAAAAUUUCAAAUUGCCUCCAAAAAGUCAUGUCUGCAAACACCGCGACAAACUUUUGCGUACAGUAGGACAUGUUUUUUCCAGAGUUUAUUAAUGCUAUGUUUUGCCGCUUCUCUAACCCGUCCCUUCCUAUUCAUCCCUCCACUCUGCCCAAUUCUUUCCCCAAUUUUCUUCGAACCCUCAAUAUUCCUCCAAGCCUUGUAUAUUUUCCCGAAUUAUCUUCGAGCUAUCAAAUCUGUCACUCAAAUUUUAAUGAGUAUAAAUCGUAUGACUUGUGUAAUAUCACCAAUGAAUUAUAUCACAAUUUGGAAAAAAUAUCUGAAAUUUGCGAUAAUUAUCACACUCCUCAGCCCAUUCUUGGUUAUUUGGAACUUAUUUCUAUCGCGAGUUUAUAUAAGUCCAUCGCGUGGCGGAUUUUCGCCAAAUUAUUUGAAGUAUGUGGAAUGGGCGAGUCUAUCACUAUUUCAUCUUGUUUUCAUAUCUUUGGCUAUAAUUAUCACAAUAAUUAGCACUGUUAUAACUCUAACUUAUCUGUUGAUGCUUCCAAUGCGCCUCAAAUCUGCUGAACGAACUUUGUGCUUUGCAAAUAUCACAAUUUCAAUUGAUUUUAUGAUUAUUGCAAGCUUCCAGACUGUUUUUGCAUUUUUCCCGAUUUUUGAUUCGAGCACUUUGUACACUUUGCAUUUUUAUAGUUAUGAUUUUUUGAAUUUAAGGUGACAUGUUAAUUUUAUUUGUAAACAUUUUCAAUUUUUUCAGUGCUCCGAUUGUUCUGAUCUUGAUUAAUCCUCAACUUCGCGAUCAUAUUUUCAAAGGGGGAAGUUCUGCAAUCAAAGUUACUGCAACUCAAAAUAGUAUGCACUAAUAGUAUUACUAACUAAUAGCAAAUAAAAUUCUCCCAAAAAAAAAUUCAGCUGCUCUUUUCAAUUCAGUCUCAAUGUCCAACAUCACUCUAGAUGGUCGAAUUGAAAUCGAAUGUGAUUUGAGUUAUGAUAACUCUUCGGAAAUUAUCAAAUGUCUAUUUCAGUGUACAUAUCUGCUGUUUGGGGUUAGCUUACACUUAUUGAUUUUGAGGACGAUUUUAUGGAAGGAGAGAAGGGUUUAUCGAUCGAAUUCGUUUUUUAUGAUCUAUGCGUUGGAUUCGAUUGGGGUGGGUCGAGCGAAGCGAGUGUAAACCGCAAGCUUCCGCGCAGCGGCACUGUCUUCCGCGAAGCGGCCAGGCCUAAGGUCUCAGCCCGAGCUCCAGGCUCAAGCCUAGAUCUAGUUUUAAUUACCGAGCGCCCCUGGCGCGAGUGUAAACCGCAAGCUUCCGCGCAGCGGCACUGUCUUCCGCGAAGUGGCCAGGCCUAAGGUCUCAGCCCGAGCUCCAGGCUCAAGCCUAGGUCUAGUUUUAAUUCUCGAGCGCCCCUGGCGCGAGUGUAAACCGUAAGCUUCCGCGCAGCGGCACUGUCUUCCGCGAAACGGCCAGGCCUAGGAUCAGCCCGAGCUCCAGGCUUAGGUCUAGUUUUUUUUAGGAGAUGAAUUUCGAAAUUUCUGUUGAUUUAGAAUAAGUUACCCAAACUCUUGAGAAUUUAUUUCAUGUAAAAAUCCAACGUCAAUGAGUUGUUUUGAAACAUCUGUUGUUGGAAUCCCCAGAAUCUCUAGAUCUCACCUGUCUCCUUCACAGUCAUUCCCAUCCCUCCAGAGUACAAUCAUGCUAACACUUGCCGCUUUCAUCGGCCGUCCAAUCAUGUUCAUCCCUCCACUCUGCCCAAUUCUAUCCCCAUUUUUCUUCGAACCCUCGAUGUUUCUAUCAUCCCUAUAUGUAAUUCCGAAUUAUCUUCGAGCUGCAAGAUCAGUCAAUCAAAUAAUGAUGAGUAUAAAUCGUAUGACUUGUGUGAUAUUCCCCAUGGAUUAUAUCACAAUUUGGAAAAAGUAUCUGAAAAUUGCGAUAAUUAUCACACUCCUCAGCCCAUUUUUAGUGAUUUGGAACUUAUUUCUAUCGCGAGUUUAUAUAAGUCCAUCACGUGGCGGGUUUUCACCGAAUUAUUUGAAAUAUAUCCAGUGGGCGAGUAUAUCCCUACUACAACUCUCAUUCCUGACUCUGGCUAUAAUUAUCACAAUAAUUAGCACUGUUAUAACUCUAACUUAUUUAUUAAUGCUUCCAAUGCGACUUAAAUCUGCGGAAAAAUCGUUGUGCUUUGCAAAUAUCACGAUUUCAAUUGCAUUUUUAAUCAUUGCAAGUUUUCAAAGUUUAUUCGCAUUUUUCACACUUUUCGAUGCUGGUACUCUAUUCAUUCUGCAAUUUUAUGGAUAUGAUAUUCUGAAUUUAAGGUACCCCGUUUUCCUUAAAGUGUAAAAUCCUUCAGGGUUUUUCCAGCUCUCCAAUUGUGCUGAUCUUGAUAAGUCCUCAACUCCGCGAGCACAUUUUUUUCAAAAAGGAAAUGAGAAGUGGAGCUGUUAAAGUUUCAGCAACUCAGCAUAGUAUCCUUUAG